AUGCCGAUUUUCUCGCACUCUACUCCGACGCCUCACAACGUAACAGGCAGCGACGCAGAAACAUCUGAAGCAAACAAGCGAUUUAGUCGACGACCGGGAGUCUUGUCCCUUGCCUCGCUCUCGAAAUUGGGCAGCUCACAAACGGCCCAGGGAUCUGGUAACACGCAUGGUCCUGCGAGUGCUGCUGCUGCUGGAGCGGCCUCGUUAGGUGCAACGCCGCCGACCACCCCGCCAGCCAGUGCGGUGCGGAAUCCCGGCGUAUCUGCGGUUGUUCAAGCCGAUCCUUCGCGUUUGUCUCAGUUCUCUCUUCGGCUGAAUGAGCUGGUCAACAAGGCAUUCGUUGCAUCGCAACAAAGUGUUUCGAGCAUUGCCCACUCAGGCACAUCGCCAUUUACCGGCUAUUCGAUCAGUGUACCACGGAUUCAAAAUAUAUCGUAUGGGACUAACCGCCUUCCCAAUCGCAUCAAGGUUAUUGAAAUGACGCGUCUUGUGAUCGACGAACUGCACAGUGCAGCACAAGAAGACCCGUACCUUUUGCGUGCCGUGUCGCGCACUGUGCUCAAAACACUCUCGCAGUUUGUCGCGCGCAUCGAGUCGCAGCUUGUUUCAUCACGCACGGAUCCCACCGCAUUGCAAAUCCCAGCAUCGCUUCGCGGACCACACCACGUGCCAGCAGCGAUGGAGUUCAACCUGGCUCUUAUCAGUCUUGAAUGGAUCGUUGAAGAGAGUCUGGAGCGCUGUCUCGAGGGGUUGCCACCCCUAGCAUUUCUGCACUCGCCCAACAUUCUGAUGCCUACAGCUGCUGAAGGUAUGGCUCAGCCACCGAUGCCUUCAUAUGUGCAUGAUAUCCUGUCUCCACUGCGCGAGCAGAUGGAAGCGAGUAUUAUCCAUGUAGUGCAGCCUCUCCUCGUGACCCUCAAGUCAUCCAUCACGGCAUGCUUGAUGCGUGCGAACACGCGACCAUUCCAGCCUCAAACAUCACCACCCCUACUUAGUGAUUUCGAUGCGCAGCAUGGAAAUCCACGUGUGCCUUGGUACAAGGAACUAGAGGAGCGUCUCGAUGCUGCCUACCGCCUGCUCAUGCUACGAAUUGUCGAUCGUUGUGGACAGGAUGGCCAAGCCUGGUUCAUAUCUGUUGCUAUCCACACGAUCUGGAAAGGCCUUGUUAUCAUCACAGCCCGCUCGGUUUUUGCCCCGGCGUCCGUUGUCGAAGCAGAAUUUGCGCACACGUUUGGUCGAACGCCUAGUGCUAUGCCCUCGAGUGCGGUUCUAAAUGCUCUGCUUUCUGGUGAACAGUCGAAGCGGGUACCGACGCCCACUCAACUGGCCCACGCGCUGCGUUCUGUGAGCCGACAUUCGUCGUCUCGGAAGUGGCGUGCUUCUGUCGAGUCGGGCUCCGGCACACGCACCCCGGAGCCUGGCACGGACAACUUCAAGUCGUGGUGCGGCCACUUUGCUUUGCCUGCCACGGAUGCAGACUGUUUCGUGGUGAAUCCACUCUUGGUCGCUGAGCAGCUGCAUGACUUGCAAGUGUUUGAGCGACUCAUGCGCCAGUUCUGCACAAACUUUUACCCAUCUCUCACGCAAAAGCACUCGUGCCAGGCUCAUGUAUCGGAACAUGCUAGGGAUGAGUCUGCACGAGUCGACACGAGUGCUCCAGAGUCGAGAGAUGUCAAAGCACAUGGCAUAGAAAGUGGCGAGCAAAUGACUGCUGAGCACAAGACCAAAGAGAAUGGUACAGAGAGCACCAUGGCUGAUGCGAAUGUCAAGAGUCAAGACCGACAAUCUAGUCAUGGCUACAACCUGAUUGUUAGCAAUGGCGUGAACAGCGAUAAGGAUGUCAACGGUGAUGGAGGAAAAGAUGAUGAUGAUGAUGAUGAUGAUUUGGCUCAUGAGGCACUGAGCGAGGCAUUUGAGGCACUUCAAUGCACAGUUAUCGUGCUUCGGACGCUGCUACAGGAGCCGGAUGCCAUGUUACACAUGGCGACAUCAUCUGAUCAAGGUCAUUUGGAAGACACAGGAUUGUCGCCCACGGCUCUGCAUGCCUUCCGUGUGAUUCCGUCGCUUCUUCUAAUCCAGAUUGCAUUUUGCCGCAUCCCGCCAGGCUGGACGGACGAGCGUUUCCCUAUGCCCGCAGGUCUGGAGCUGAUGGGCAACGUGCUUCCAACACCACCGCAACUAUUCCACUAUUCGUGGCGUGACUAUGAAGCAGCUCUUCCUGGCUUCGCCGCUGCAGAGACUGCUGCUCUGUCGCUCGCGGACAGGUACACGCCAAUUAUCGCACGGAUCACCGAGACACUGAACACGCAUCUGGCCAUGUCGAAGCAAGAAGCACAUGUGGCGUCAGGGGCUCGUGACGAGGGCGAUGCAGGAUCGGAUUAUUCCAACGAGGAAGUACCUGCUGCCAUGACACAGUCUAUGCCGAUGCUGGAGUCAACAAAGGACCCUUCACCAUUGGAGGAGAGCGCCAACAAUGUUAACGAUGGUCACGCAGUUGGCAAAUCUGGAAAGAUGCCCUUGUUCUCGGCUAUGAACAACAUGGCCAUAGACGACUCGCAAGCGCCGCGCUCGCGUGCCUCGACUCGCUCUGUAUCGCCUCUGGCGCCCCGCUUGUGGCGGCGGAAUGCUUCACAAGGCCCUAAGACCGCACUUCAAAAUGCUUUGCCUCCGCGCGUCUCUCGCGCGCAUGCAACAAGUUCUUUUGGCCUUUCGCGGGGUCGCCGCCGUUCGCCCAGUCCUGGCCUACCCCGCAAAACCGCAUACACUCCCGCACACAUGCAGCGCGAUGCCUUACACAUGUUUGACUAUGUCCUCCGGUCUGUGCCUGAGAGUCUCAACGAGUAA